AUGUCCAGAUUAAUUGCGCAGUUGUCUCCAGGAGAUGUGCCGCCGGCGCACGUCCGGCAUGCGACAUGUAAGUUCCUCUUUGGUCCAGGCAAGUUGCGACAUUACGAGAAAUAUUAUGAAUCUGGAGUUCGAUCGCGCGUGCUAGCGUGCACAAACAAGCCGACGCCACGCGCGCAGCUCUACGCGGCACUAGCGGCUGGCCGGCGGCGGGCGGCGCACACGCGCGGGCGCCGCGAGCUCGCCCUCCACCCGCCCCUCCACUACUACACCGACUACCGAGUGACCGACUGCUAUGAACUACUUGUUCUGAGCCGUAAUAAUAAAGCCCAUAAUUUUGUUUUGAAACAUCUAAUAGAAGUGAUAACUAUUGCGCGCUAUCAUGUUUACGCGAUAAUAACCGAUAACGAAGUUGUUGUGAGUGUGUCGUCCCCGCGCCGCCCCGCGCCGCCCCGCGCCGCCCCGCGCCGCCCCGCGCCGCCCCGCGCCGCCCCGCGCCGCCCCGCGCCGCCCCGCGCCGCCCACGGCCACGUGUCG